UGCGGGCUCUUCCCGUCUCCUAAAAAACGCUGUUUUGUCUGUCAGUGUCAUGAAUUUUUGAUAAUCAAAAAUUAUUGAAAUUACCCCAGAGUCUUUUUACAAACAAAAAAAUUAAAAAAUAAAUAAUUACAAUUACUUGUCCAGACAUUCCCAUUUGUAUCGCAUUUCACCUACUUUUUAACUAGUAAUAAUGAAUUAAAGUUGCCAAUAUGGAUUUUGGAAAGCACAGAAAAGGGAAAGAUAUUGGCAGAGCCAGAUCAGCUCUAAGCGUGUCAGACGUCGAAUAUUACCUGAAUUUACCAGUGAGCUGUCCGACGUCUCCUGCAGCAUCAACUUUAACGCUGACCCCUGGUAGAAUUCGCAAUAUCGAUCAGGAUAUGGAACAUUUGAGGGCCUCCAGACAAGACAAUCCAUUUAUACAGAAAGUAAUUGCUAGUAGAGAAAGCCUUUUGGAAUCGAGUCUUGACGAGGAAUCGGACAAUGCAACUUUGAUGUCCAAGGAAUUAUCAUUGGAUUUAGAUGUAGACCCACUAUCUUUACCAGAAAUGCACGAACACAUGAUACGCAGCCCGCCGCCCACUCAUUGGCCCAGAUCUCCUAACUUUAGAGCUUUCGAUUUCCCACCUGAAAAAGAUGAUACCCUACAAGUGGAAGUUAAUCAAACCAAAGAAAGAUCCAAAUCUACAGAAAUCAAACCAAAACAUUCCAGUUGGUCCGACUCAAGCGAUGGAUCUCUGAAAUCCUUCAAAGCUCAUUACUACCACGACAGAUUCUCACUCUUGACUAACAGCACUCUCAGGCCGUCAGCAGAAGACAGCAUUCGUUUAAUGGGUGAAGAUUGAAAAAAGGCAACUAUUUGCUCGAUGAUUUUUGAUCCGUACCACUAGGUUAUGGAGUGUUCUAGAUUACGAAACGUUUUAUUAAGAAAAAAAAAGUGUUCCAUGCUUUAAAGCUUGCCGAAUUGAAUUGAAUUUCCAUAUUUACAGGGACGACAAUUUAUUUGAAUGUUAUUUGGUAGAUAAAUUUAAAAAAAUAUUUAGGCCAUAAGGAGCAAUUUAAAGUGCCAUACCUUGCCAUUAAUGUAAUUAAUUUGUUUGGAAAGUAGAAGUUUCAAAAAAAGAAAAAUAUUUAACUCGUGUUAAGUUUGUUGAAUUUUUUUUUUUAGAAGUUUUAAACUUCACACCAAGGUGAUAAUACAAAAAAAAAGUAAACGUCUAGUCAUUGAUCAACGUUUUUUGUUACUUAUAUUGUUAUUAUAUGAUUUAGUUGAAUUUGAAUGUUCCUUAUAAAACAUUCCUAUAAAAUAAGGUGUAACCAAAAUUAAAAUAUUGAUCUCUUGCAAGUUAAUCCAUAUUUAUAAAUAAUGUAUUUAGGAAUUGUUGUAAUGUUACUAGCCUUCUUUAAAAAGAUAACUGUACUGUUUAAGUAUAAAGUUCUUAUUAAGCGAAUAAAAUGAUUUGCAUGUGUGGUAAAAAUAUUGUUAUUUCUUUUGCCUUCAAAAUUGAGGCUCUUAUAUUUAUUGAAAAAAGAUGUAUUUAUUGUUAGACAAAUUAUUAUUAUUAUUGUUCCUUUUUCUUUAUUAUUUACUUAAAUGUCCCAAGGAAUUAUAUAAAUAAAAAUUUAUUCAAACAUUUGUUAGAUUUUCCUAGAAAUUAAUUUGUACAGGGUGUCCCAUUGAAGAUGGGAAUUGGGGUUAUCUGGUAAACUCAUAGAGGUAGAUUUUUAUUUUUUUAUUGAUUUCGCAUUCCCGGGCCAAUUUUUUAUGACGAAUCGAAUGCCGCAAACCACAGGUCUUUAUCUUAUUUCGUUUUGGAGAUACAGGGGUGAAACUUGAAAUGUUCACUUUUCGAGGAUAGUCUAGAGAUAGAUAGAGACCUGUGGUUUGCGGCAUUCGAUUUGUCAUAAAAAAUUGGCCCGAGAAUGUGAAAUCAAAAAAAAUCUACCUUCAGGAGCUUAGCACAUAACCGAGGUGUGUUUCACUCGUGCAGUAGGUUUACAAAUAUCAAACAUUCAGUAUAUGCAGUCCAUACAUUCUUCUGCAGUUCAUACAUUCUCAUGUAGUCAAUGGAAUACAUGGAUUCAUGCAGUCAUAAUACAGUCGUUAUAAACUCUGCGCAGUCUGAGGUGCAGUCACAUGCAGUCAAGUACAUUCCAUAUACACUUGCGCAAAAUCAUAAGCAGUCGCUGCGAGUGAAGCCUGCAAUCUUGUUAGAAAUUGCUCAAAAGUCAAUGCAGUCAACUAUCAUCUUUGAUGCAGUCAAAUACAGUGGGUGUACAAAAUAUAGUGGGUGAAACACCCCUCGCACAUAACCCUAAUUCCCACCUCUUCAAUGGGACACCCUGUACAUUUGACUGAAACAAAUUAAAAGUUCUUGACCAGUUAUAACUAUCAAAAGAUGGGGUGCAUAGCAAAUUCUGUUCCACUUUAUGUAACCCAAAAAAGUUAAAUAAAACACUAAACAAAUGUGGUUCUUUAUUUUAUAUUUUGUAUCUAAUCCCAAAAAAAAGAACAUUUUACUCAAAAUACUUACACUUUUCCGCUAAAGUCAUACUUCUAAAUAAUAAUAAAUGAAAAGUCACGUAAAUGUAGGAAUUAGACUAUUGCCAAAAAAAAAAAUCCUUAAUUAACUUACAGGCAGAAAAGAACCUAACCAGAGGUGAGCUGCUUUUUUUUAAAUAAAUCAAUUGAUUUCUAAUUCAAGAUCCAUCAAAACACAUGGAUUUUUUUUAAUCACUAUACACACAGAUGUCAACCAACAUAGAAUCUUAAGAGUAACUAUAAAUACUGUUAGUUCAACUUAGAAAAUUGAUACCAAUUUGAAAAAGACAACUAAUUAAUGGAAAAAGAUUACCGUUCAAUGCAAAUUAUUUUAAAUAAAAUGUAAUUUAUGUACAUUUUUUUGAAUAUAUUUGUUCAAUUUUCCAAGUAGAUUGUUCCUAAACAAUACAUUAAAUUUUGGACAUAUGCAUUCAACAUUCAAACAUUCUCAUUUUUGUAGGUGAGACAUAUUAGUAUUAAAAUCUAUAUGGGCCAAAUUACCUGGAAACAUCUCAAAUAAUUUUUUUUUGUACAAAUUUCAACAAGUUUUAAACAGUUUAUGUUUAUUUUUUUUUAGGAAAUAUAAAGUUUAUAUCAAAAAAUGUUUUAUUAUGAUAAAUAUGUUUUUAUUUGAAAUGUUCCCACACAUAUUCAUAAGUCAAAAAAAAGGACCUUCUUUGAAGAAAUUCUGAGAUAAUUUGUUAAUUACUUAGACCUAUUUUUUUCUUCCUAUUUACAUACACUAAAUUGCCAUGGAAAUAAAUCAAAAUCAAUUUUAGGCCAAUAAAUAAUAAUAAUUAUUAUAAGCUCCCAAAAUUAUGAAAAUAAUAUUGUUACACUAAACCUAAAACAUCGUUGAGAUAAUACUUAACCAAUCCAAAAAUAUACAUACAUGUUAAGUGAUAAUGCUUAAUCUUAAGAAAAUAAAGGAUAGUAAUUAAUUAUUCAAAAAUGUUACCUUUACAUUUUGUGCCCUUAACAGCAUUUCGCUAAAUUUAUUUCCUGGAGGAUUUCCUUACGGUUCUGGAAUUUUUCCCAUUUGAACUGGUCUUAGGGGUCGCUUUACUGGUCGAAGCCACAGCUUUGCUUGUAGAAGCUACAGCUUUACUAGUUGUAGCUACAGCUUUAGUACCAGAUUUUUC